CCCUGUCUUGUCACCUGAUCGCUCAAGCAUGGCCCUAGGGGCUAUGAACCCCAGGUAACCUCUGUUUUGUAAGUCACACCUGUAGAACAGGUAAAGGUGUGCAUAGUACGUACUCGUUGUAUUUCUAACUGACGAAAGGGUUCGACUUCAGCGUUCUGGCUCGGCUUGUUGAAGAACGACAACAACAAUCACAAAGUAUGGAUAACAAAGUCAGACUGCAAAAGCCCAAUCCACUGGCAACGGCGAACACCUUGUCAAGAUUAUUGUUUUGGUGGCUGAACCCAUUGUUUAAAGUGGGGUAUAAGAGGAAAUUGGAAGAGGAGGACAUGUUCAACGUUCUAUACGAGGAUUCGUCAUGCAAGCUACGCACGGACUUGGAAAGUUCAUGGAAUAUGGAAAAAUCGGAAUACAGUAAACCUCGCCUACUCCGAGCUCUGUGGAGAUGCUAUGGAAAGGGAUGGAUUCUUCUCGGCAUACCCCUGGUUUUUGAGGAAACCAUGAAGGUUGCGCAACCGUUGCUCAUGAGUCGCCUCAUCCUGUACUUCUCCACCGGAAGUCACGUGACGCUGACGGAAGCUUACCUGUGUGCGUUCGGCAUCAGCGCAUGUGCACUGCUCAGCGGCAUGGUGCACCAUCAGACAUACUUUCUGACCCAACGGUGGGGUUGGAGGAAAAAAGUGGCCUGUUGUUCGAUGAUUUACAAAAAGGCACUGCGACUCAGUAACGCUGCCCUGCUCAAGACGACGACUGGUCAGAUCGUUAAUCUCAUGUCGAAUGACGUCAACAGAUUUGACCUGGGGUUUCAGUUUAUUCACUAUCUCUGGAUUGGACCAGUUGAAGCCAUCGUUAUAAGCGUCAUUCUUUGGGGUGAGCUGGGACCGUCAUGCCUUGCGGGAUUAGGGUUCAUGGUAUUUCUAUUUCCGGUACAAUCAGCCAUGGGAAAACUCUUCAGCAAAUUCAGGUCAGAGACGGCACAUCGCACAGACGAGAGGGUUCGGACCAUGAGCGAAAUCAUCUCCGCCAUGAGAGUCAUCAAGAUGUACACCUGGGAGGAACCGUUUGGCAAACUGGUCACAAAGCAGCGAAGACGGGAGGUACAGAAAAUAGCCAAAGCAGUCACGUGUCAAGGGCUGAACCUCGCCUUCUCCUUCAUCUCCGUCCGCGUCAUUUCUCUGCUGGCCUUCGUGACGUACAGCUUACUGGGAAACCCCAUCACAGCCUCCAAAGUCUUCACGGCAAUCGCGCUGUACAACGUGCUGCAGUUCACGCUCCUCAAGUUCGUCCCCCUAGCGGUGCAGUUCCUGUCCGAGGUGCUGAUCGCCAUCGACAGGAUACAGAACUUUCUCUUGUUGGACGAAGUGAGACACCAAAGUAUACCAGAUGCACCAGAGAAAAGUCAAGAUGGAUGCCCUUCUUCUAAUGUCAGAAAGGAACCCCAAAACAUGGAAGGCUUCUCGAACAAAGCAUUUAUUUCUCACCUACAUGACGAAGACGAUAAAGCUCUACAACUUAAGCCAUCUGGAAAGGCACUGCCUGAUAUUAAUGAUGAACACCACAUGCUUGAGAAAGGUUCGUCAUUGGACGUCAUUCCUUCAGUCGAGGCAUCAAACCUCUCAGCAAAAUGGGACGAGUCCAAAGAAGUGCAAACCAUAACGAAUGUGAACUUCAAGGUCAAGGAUGGGCAGCUUCUUACUAUUGUUGGAUCCGUGGGAUCUGGAAAGUCGUCUCUUCUAAGUGUUCUACUCGGAGAGUUGCCGACGUCGUCCGGUGAGGUCAAAGUUGACGGUACAGUGUCGUACGCAGCUCAGCAGUCCUGGGUGUUCUCUGGUACCGUCCGACAAAACGUCGUGUUUGGACACCCGUAUGAGCACGUGAGGUACUGGAAAGUCAUCGAUUGUUGUGGACUAAGCAAGGAUCUCGAGUCCAUGCCAAACGGAGAUCUGACACUCGUUGGUGACCGUGGAAUAACUCUGAGUGGGGGACAAAAAGCAAGGAUCAACUUAGCAAGAGCUGUGUACAGAGAUGCUGAUAUCUACCUUCUGGAUGAUCCGCUCAGUGCAGUUGAUGCCAAAGUCGGCAGGCUCAUUUUUGAAAGAUGUAUUCAGGGAAUUCUGAAGGACAAAGUGAGGAUUCUGGUCACCCACCAGCUACAGUAUCUCAUCAACUCUGACCAGAUUCUAAUAAUGGACGAGGGAAGACAGCUUGCUGUUGGUACGUACCCUGAACUACUUGAGAAAGGGUUCGCUUUCUCGGAUCUGAUUCACGCAGUAAAGAAAGACGACGACCAAUCGGUGCUCCCGUCUCAACGGCUGCUUCGAAGACAGAGCUCAAUCAGAAGCGGCGUGCACGAGGCAUUGGAAACCAUAGAAGACGAGCCUGCAGACGGUACAGCACCAGAGGAGCAGGAUGAGGACCGUUUUGAAGGAAGUGUAUCGAUGAAGGUGUACUGGGACUAUCUCACGGCCGGGUUUGGAAAGCUAGGACUGGUCUUGUCCUUGGUGCUGAACGUCGUCUAUCAGGGAUCCUACGUGUUUACGGAUUGGUGGCUUGCACACUGGGCGGCAAAAGAAGAGGAAUAUAUAAACAUUAGAACCCCAAACGUGUCUCAAAACAUAUCUGAUAAGGGGACAGCCGCACCAACAGUGGACACUAACUUUUACCUGUACGUGUUUACCGGGGUAACCGUUGCGGUUGUGGUACUGAGCACUGUGCGUACACUCUUCAUGUUCUACAACUGUAUCAUGGCGUCACACAAUCUGCACAACACCAUGUUCCACGCCAUCAUCAGAACGCCGAUUCUUUUCUUUGACACAAAUCCAGUUGGUCGAAUAUUGAACCGGUUUUCAAAAGACAUGGGGCAGCUGGACGAACAGUUGCCGUGGCAGUUCGUGGAGUUUGUGCAAUACACGCUGCUGACCGUUGGAGUUGUCAUCAUAGUCGGAGUGGUGAACCCUUGGGUGUUCAUCCCAGUCGUUCCGCUACUUCUCAUCUUUCUCUACCUUCGACAAUACUUCCUGGCCACUUCUAGGGACGUUAAGAGACUGGAAGCAACAACCCGAAGCCCAGUGUUCUCCCAUCUCUCUGCCACCCUGCAAGGACUGUCAACAAUCCGUGCUCUCGCUGCGGACAAAAUUGUCCAACAGGAGUUCGACGCUCAUCAGGAUCUCCACUCAGAAGCCUGGUUCCUAUUCCUCACCACCACGCGAUGGCUGGCGAUCAGAUUGGACCUGCUGACGGCUGCGUUUGUGACAUCUGUGACAUUCUGCAGUGUGCUCGCAGCUAACAGUUUAGAUGGAGGCCUGGUUGGUCUGACGGUGUCAUACUCCAUCAUCAUGACUGUGUUCUUCCAGUGGACCGUCAGACUCAGUACGGAGGUCGAGACGAUGAUGACCUCAGCGGAAAGAGUCCUGGAGUACACCAAACUUGACCCGGAAGUAGAACCGGAAACGAGAGUCGACCCUCCGACCGGCUGGCCCCAGCAUGGCUCCAUCGCAUUACAGAAUGCAUCGUUUUCGUACUCCAAGGGCGGCCCUGAAGUUUUGAAAGAUCUGACCGAAACAAUUGCUGCUCAAGAGAAGGUUGGCAUCGUUGGGAGGACUGGUGCAGGGAAGAGCUCUCUGAUGCACAUGCUACUGAGGAUGGCUGAGAUAGAGGGGAGCAUUAGGAUCGACGGCGUGGACAUCUCGACGAUCGGGUUGUUCGACCUGCGGAGUCAGAUCAGUGUCAUCCCGCAGGACCCAGUGCUGUUCUCCGGUAGUCUGAGGAAGAACUUGGACCCUUUUGACCAGUACACAGACUCUGAACUGUGGAGUGCUUUAGAGCAGGUUCAGUUGAAGCCUGUUGUCGGAGAGCUGUCGAUGGCACUAGAAGCAGAGUUGGCGGAAUGCGGGACUAACUUCAGCGUUGGGCAGAGACAGUUGGUCUGCCUGGCCAGAGCGUUGCUGCGGCGGACAAAGAUAUUGAUCAUAGACGAGGCAACUGCUAACGUGGACCCAAGAACCGAUGAGUUGAUUCAGCAGGUCAUUCGGUCCCGGUUCGAACACUGUACGGUGCUGACCAUUGCUCACAGACUCAACACUGUCAUCGACUCAGGCAGGAUCAUGGUAAUCGCCGACGGCCGCAUCGCAGAGUUUGGAGAACCCUACCAGUUACUGGAGUCAGGAGACAGCGGGCAGUUCGGACGUCUGGUAGCGGAGUUGGGGGUGACAGAGGCCGCUAGAAUGAGGUCUGUUGCACGGCAGUGCUUCCACCGCAAGCACGCCGAGCCCGAGACAAUGGACACUAGACUAUAGAUCGUGACAUCAUAUGAAUGCCGGAUAUAGGAGAAUUCUUGUACACAACCAAAAUUAAACUUACUUGCUUACGUUUCGGUGUCUAUCAGACACCUUCCUCAGAGCUUCUGACUGGAGUUCUGCUUCUCGUCGCUAUAUGUAGCCGAUGUAGGUGGCGCUUUUGCGACGAGAAGAUUAUCCCAAACGUGUCCAAGUUUGCAUCCCCCCUCGUCCCGAUUCAUCACUGGGGCUGACUUUCUUAUCCAUAUAUACCGCAUCUUUAAUCCACCUGAGUCGUCUCUUGUCUUCCCUGUCUAUGACUCAAGUAAGCAAGUAAGUUUAAUUUUGGUUGUGUACAAGAAUUCUCCUAUAUCCUAUAUUCUAC